CAAGGGGCCCACUUGGCUGACAAGGAGCCACACCGCUUUUUUGGUGGUAAACAGCUGCGGUGCUGUGUGCUGUCAUCGGCCGAUGACUGCGGUUAGAGGGGUUAAACACGUUAAGCUUGGGGAGCACGAGGCAGCAGCCAGCUGCCAGCCAACAAGACAAGAGCGGCAGUGUUCGGGUCGCGCUCUGCUGCCGCUGCUUCUGCCUCCGCCCUCCGCCCCUCCUCCUCCUUUUCAUCACCCUUCCCCCUCCCGUCUAGACACGCAUCAUUGCGCUACUCCGCGCUGCACUCCCUCCUCCCGUGUCUGUCGCCUCGCCUUGCCCCUCUCGUGCUCCCUCCCCCCCUGCUGCUGCAGGUUAAUGCUCCUCCGUCCGCGCCGGUGCACCACCGCGCUCUUGCUUAGCUAGCUAGCUAUAUAUAUAGCCAGCCGAGCAGGCUUCCUUUUCCCAGUUCAAACAGUGCAGCGUCGGCGGUGGCGGGGACGACGACGCGAUGAACGCCUUCUUCACGUCCCUGGCGCGCGGGCUGGACGACCUGGGCCGUGCGGGCGGGCUGUCGUCGCUGUCGGCUCUGCUGCGGGCGGCCGCGCUGCUCAGGGGGCUGCACUCGCAGCUCACGCUCAUGGUCGGCCAGCUCCACCUGCCGCCGGGCGGCCGCUGGCUCGACGAGUACAUGGACGAGACGGCCCGCCUCUGGGACGCCUGCCUCGCCCUCAAGCUCGGCCUCGCCUCCGUCGAGCGGUAUUGCGCGGCGGCCUCCUGCGCCGCCGCCGCGCUGGAUGACUGGCUCCAGGAUCCUUCUCCUCUGUCCACUCGCCAGGUGAUGCGGGCGAUCUCCGUGUCGAGGAGGGAGGCCAUGGCCGCGGAGGAGGAGAACCGCGCGCUGGCGGACGCGAGGAUCGCGCCGCUGUCGCUGCAUCUCGACGAGCGUCUGCUGCUGCGCGCCACGGACGCGAGGCUCGCCGGCUUCAACGGCUUCCGGGGGCUCCUGUACGCGCUGCACAACGCGAGCUCGCUCCUCCUGCUCAUCCUCGCCAGCGGCGCGGUCUCCUGCGCCGCGGCGGCCGGCGGCCCGUGCGCCGGCGCCGACGACGCCGGCUCGGACGGUUUCACUGCGUCCAUCGCAAUGCUGCAGCAGAGGCUGGCGGAGGAGGCCGAGUCCGACGGGCCCGGCGCCGCGCCGGGCAUCAGGAUGUGUGAGUUCCGGUGCGCGCGCGCCGCCGUGGAGGCGGCGCGGGAGGAGGUGGAGCGCGCCGCGGCGGCGGGACGCAAGUGCGAGGGCGGCGGCGGCGGAAGCGCUGUCAAGGACAAGGUGGAGGAGCUGAAGGCGUGGCUGGACGUGCUCCGGACCGGCACCGAUAGCCUGGUGUGCCAGCUGGACGACUUCCUGGACGACAUUGUCGAGGGCAGGAAGGAGCUCUCCGACCUGUGCAGCCAUUGAUGUGAUGGAUCGGUCACACCACACCUCGUGCCCGCCUUGAAGGAGAGCAUCAUCAUCAUCACAAAUUCGCAUGAACAAACGAACGUUGCUUGCUUGAUUUGCAUGGUAGUACAAGCAAAGUCAGAUACGUACGUACUAGCACUAGCUGCAGUGUCCCUAUGCUAUUGCAAUAGCAUGUUGUUGCCUUGCCCCUCUUUCUAACCCCAUCUCUCCGUCUCUGUCGAGGGGAUGGAGAGAGCGAUGGAGCAUUCUGGUUGGCCAUGAUGCUGUUCCUGUCUC